AUGUCAACCUUCGGACCAGGGUCCCCGCUCUCGUAUCCAGAGAUGCAGGGAUGUGAGUCCCUUCACAUCUUUGCUCACUGCAUCGGCUUCUAUCCUUUAGUCGCCUGGCUCCACUCGCACGGCCAUGAACAUUUCGUUCGGAACUUGGCUCUGGUUGCGACGCUGUCGACGAUGAUGACAGUCAGUCUCAUCGCUCCUUUCUUUCCUGGGUACGCUAAGGAGAAUCUGGACGCUCCAGAAACGGUGAUCGGGUUGAUUGUCGCUUGCAACCCUUUCGCACAAGUCAUGAGCACACCCCUGUGGAGCUUUCUUUCUACCAAGAUCAGCCGAUCAGACAGGUUGAGUUUGGGAUUAUCAAUCUUGGCUAUCGGAACCAUCAUGUUUGCUUAUUCAAAUCAAGUUACCACCUUUAUGAUUGCUCGAGCCCUUCAAGGGAUCGGCUCGCAAGGCAGCAAUAGUGCUGCUUUAGCGUUGGUGAUUGAGAGGGAUUUGGGUCUUAUCGAAUUCAUUGUUGGGGUUGGCUACAUGAUUGGUCCAGCGGUUGGAGGAAUCUCUUACAGAUAUUUCGGGUUUCAGAUAGCUGUCAUGCUGCCCGCCGUGAUUUGUGUCCUGAUCGCCUGUGCAGUCAAACUAUCAUUCCAACACCGAGAGACUCUGAUACGAAGUGCCUCCAACGAGUACUUGAUAGUCCCGCAAGAAGAGGAGGGAGAGGGAGAAAUAAGAUCCACGGCCAACGUUGGGGAAGGAUGCUCCCAAGUUUCUGCAGGAGGGGGUUCGGAAUCGCAACCGGGGGACACGAUUGUUGAUAAAGAUGCUCUCUGGCAAUCAUGGAAGAGGCUGACGAAUCCUCCUGUCCUCUGCAUUUGUUUUGGGAUCGUCGCCCAUGCGGCGGCUCAGGGGUUCAAAGAGCUUGCUCUUGCCCGCCAUCUUAAAAUCGCCCUCGGAGCCGACUCUUCAACUGCCGGCAUGGUGUUCAUGAUUGAACCCAUAAUGUACAGCAUCUUCAGCUUUGUCUUCGGUAAACAUUCGAGCGAGAACAAGGUCAAGGAGGUAAGAAGAGUCAUCGUCGGACUUUUCUUGUACGGCAUCGGAGUCUACCUCUUAGCUACUCCGGACAUUUUUGCGCUCAGCCUGCAGAAUCUCGAAGGCCUUGGAGCAGGGGGGGGGUCAGGAGCAAAAUCAGCUGCAGCAGGACCGUUGGGAGACUUCGUUCCCAUCCAACUCACAGUUUUCUCGGAAUGGAUUCUUGACAUCUGCUCUUUGCUGCUUAUGGGGAUAGGCAGUGCUGCCAUUUUGGUUCCCUCGGUUCCCUACAUGUUGAGUGUCACUCUCCAUUUUUGGCCUCCAGAGCAUGAUAGCGAAUCGGAUCUCGCAAUCCUCGAUCAGCGAGCAACCGAAGACAGCCUCUCCGGCCUCUACAGUGCCAUCUGGUCUAUUGGCGAGCUCAUGGGCCCUCCCCUCGGUCACCUCUUCUCCUCCCCUCUCACAUGCUCUAACUCUGCGCACAGGAGGAUAUCUCCUUCAGUCUCUUCCCCCUAG